AUGGAACAAACUAAUCCUUCUUCCUCUUCAUCUUAUGGAAAUGGAGUCAAGAGCUUUGUCAAAUCACUGACAAUGCUUCUCGUCACGAUCAUACUGUUGGGUUACUUGCUUGUUUGGGUUAUGAUCCCGACCAACACAUAUUAUUUGCACUGGUUUCCGAUUGUUCUGUCGAAAACUAAUUCUACAUACUUUGGAAAGCAAGGAGGAAGCAUAUUGAUCUACACAUUCCCAAUCCUAUUAGUUGCUGCCUUGGGAUGUCUCUACCUACAUUACGGAAAACAUGAUGCCAGAAGUGGCAGUUGGGAUUCGUGGAGACGGCCCGUGAUAGUGAGAGGACCUCUCGGUAUCAUUUCGUGGACCGAGUUGUCAUUCUUAGUGAUGUUCGCGGGGCUCCUGGUCUGGUCAUUUUAUUCUUACAUGCAUUCAAUGUUCCGGUAUGCCCGGGCAGAAGCCACGCAACAUGGGAUCUCAGUGUCGGAAGCAAAGCUAAAGAGCUCCGCUCUGUUGCUGGGCCUCAUCGGUAACAUGUGCCUGGCAUUACUGUUCUUUCCGGUAACGAGAGGAUCAUCAGUCCUACGACUCAUCGGCCUCACGUCCGAGGCAAGCAUCAAGUACCACAUAUGGAUCGGCCACACGGCCAUGACUUUCUUCACAGCCCACGGCCUCUGCUACGUCAUCUUUUGGGCCAAAACCCGUCGCGUUUUAGAGGUGCAGAUGCUGAAAUGGGACAAGGUCGGAGUCUCGAACUUGGCCGGAGAAAUAUCGCUGCUUGCUGGGCUGGUGAUGUGGGCCACGACGUUCCCUCGUAUAAGGAGAAAGCUAUUCGAGCUCUUUUUUUACACUCACUACCUAUACGUUGUGUUUGUGGUCUUCUUUGUUCUCCAUGUCGGGUUGUCCACUGCCUGCACGAUGCUUCCCGGGUUUUACCUCUUCGUGAUUGAUCGUUACCUCCGGUUCCUGCAAUCUCAGCAACAGGUCCAGCUGGUCUCUGCUCGCAUUCUACCCUGUCGAGCCAUCGAACUUAACUUUUCCAAGUCCCCAGGACUAAGCUAUACUCCGACGAGCUCUGUGUUCGUGAACAUCCCCACACUAUCAAAGCUGCAAUGGCACCCUUUCACAGUGACCUCGAGCAGCAGCACAGAGCCCGAUAGGCUCAGCAUCCUCAUCAAGAGUGAAGGGAGUUGGUCCAAAAGCCUGUAUCAGAGACUCUCCUCCUACAACCCCGCUGAAAAUCUGCAGGUCUCCGUUGAAGGCCCUUAUGGCCCUCCCUUCACCGACUUUCUGAGGCACGACAAGCUGGUCAUGAUAAGUGGAGGAAGCGGCAUAACUCCAUUCAUCUCAAUAACGAGGGAGCUCCUCCACAGGGCCAACACAGCCUGUGAAAAGACUCCGAGGCUGCUCCUUGUAUGUGCCUUCAAGACAUCCCUUGACCUCUCCAUGCUCGACCUCCUCCUCCCGGUUUCUGGCACAGCUCUUGAUGGUUCCCGCCUGGAGAUACAGAUUAAAGCCUUCGUGACAAGAGAGACCAAUCCUGCAGGAGAAGAACAGAGUCCCUUUAGGACCAUCUUGUUCAAACCCAGUUUGAGAGAUGCACCAAUUUCUGCAGUCUUAGGCCCUUGGAGCUGGCUGUGGCUUGGGCUGAUAAUCUCAUCAUCAUUCAUGAUAUUCCUACUCUCUAUCGGAUUCCUUACGCGAUACUACAUACAUCGAAUUGAGCACAAACCCAACAAAGCUUACUCUGAUUCUUCGGGAGCAGCUCUAUACAUGAUGUUCAUCUGCAUCUCCAUAGCCUCAACAGCAACUGUGGGAUUUCUCUGGAACAAGAGGCAGAGUGCUCAAGAAAUCAGACAGGUUCAGAGUACAGAGACGCCUCCAAUGACGUCCCCAAGCCCAGUCUUCCAUGACAUGGACUGGGAGCUAGAAAGCCUUCCUCGUCAAACUUUGAGCAAAGCCACUAUGGCGCACCAUGGGAAACGACCAAACCUGAAGAAGAUUCUUUUGGACUGUGAAGGAUCAAGCAUAGGAGUUCUAGUUAGUGGCCCGAAGAAGAUGAGGCAAGAGGUGGCAGAAAUCUGUUCCUGUGAAUCAGCACAUAAUCUGCACUUCAAAUCCAUCAGCUUCAGCUGGUAAGGUGAAGGGAAAUGG